AUGGCCGCGGCAACCUGCGGCUCUCCCGGUGUGCCGGGCCCCGGGGAGCUGAGCCAGCGGAGGAAGAAAGGCAGCGACUCCCGGAGGAGGCAGGCGGCGCUCUUCUUCCUCAAUAACAUCUCCCUGGACGGGAGGCCGCUGUGUCCGCCUCAGUCAUGGGAGAACCCCGAGCCGUCCCCCCCCCCGGAUACCGCCCACCAACGGGCCCCGUAUCGUCCUGUCCCGGGACAACGGACUACCCGACACCCCCGCCCCCUCCACCGGGAGGAUAGUGCCGUCCCUCAGCCUACCGACCAGCGGGACCGCCGGGGAGAAGAGCAGGAUACGUCAUCUGUCUCAGCGCUGCUCCCUAGAGAUUCUAGAUGAUAUAACAGAAUUUACACCAGUGCCAAGGUCCAAACAUGUUCCAGAAUCUCCAAGAAACUUGAGGAAAACCCACUUCAUUAAAAGCAUGAGGCAGUAUGACACCCGGGGCAGCAGGAUAGUUUUGAUCUGUGCAAAGCGAUCGUUGUGUGCAGCCUUCUCUGUCCUUCCAUAUGGAGAGAGCCUGCGGAUUAGUGAGCUGCGAGUGGAGGGGACAAAGCAGCGGCACCCAUCCGGAGGAGCCUCGUCUUACACAGACCCCACAUUUGGGAUGGAAGGUGUGGAGCUCGGGGCUGAAGGAGAGGUUGUGUCAUAUGCAAAGUACUUGUACCCAACAAAUGCCCUUGUUAGUCAGAAAGAUGAGAGUCAGGGCAAGCCGGGAUUCCAUGACGCUUCCAAACGAAACUUCUCCAACACCCGAUUCACACCCGUAUCCUCAGGAACCGAAUUAGGUUCAGAAGCAGAAAGCUUUGAAUAUAACCCAGACCUUCUGGAUGACCCUCAGUGGCCCUGCGGAAAACACAAGCGGGUUCUCAUCUUUGCUUCCUAUAUGACAACAGUAAUAGAAUACGUGAAGCCUUCUGAUUUGAAGAAAGACAUGAAUGAGAUGUUCAAGGAGAAGUUCCCCAAUGUGAAGCUUACUCUGAGCAAGAUCAGGAGCUUAAAGCGUGAAAUGAGGUAUUUGGCAGUGGAGUGCAGUAUGGAGCCUGUGACGGUGGCCAUGGCUUAUGUCUACUUCGAGAAGCUGGUGCUACAGGGAAAGGUGAACAAGCAGAACCGCAAGUUGUGUGCUGGGGCCUGCGUCCUCCUGGCGGCCAAAAUCAGCAGUGACUCCAAGAAGCCAGAGCUGAAACAUCUGUUAGAUAAGCUUGAAGAGCGUUUCCGAACGAACAGACGGGACUUGGUGGUAUUUGAGCUGACGGUGCUGGUGGCCAUGGAGCUGGCGCUGUACCUUCCAGAGGCCCAGGUAUUGCCUCACUUUCGUCGUCUGACCAAGCAGCAGUAG